AUGGAAGAGGGAAAUCACUCGGAGGUGACUGAGUUCAUUCUCUCAGGACUGACAGAUCGUCCGGAGCUGCAGCUCUCCCUAUUUUGUGUGUUCCUAUUGAUUUAUGUUGUCACCCUGGUAGGGAAUGGAGGGAUGAUCUUGUUAAUCAUGAUUGACCCCCGACUCCACACCCCCAUGUACUUUUUCCUUGGUCAUUUGUCUUUUUGUGAUCUCUGCUAUUCCACAACAAUUUCCCCCAAGAUGCUGCUGAAUUUCUUAGUGGAGAGGAAAAGCAUUUCCUACACUGCCUGCGCUGCGCAAAUGUAUUUCUUCAUUGCUUUUGCAGACCUUGAGUGUCUCUUGCUGGCUGUGAUGGCGUAUGACCGUUAUGUGGCCAUCUGUAACCCACUGCUCUAUAUGGCCACUAUGUCUAGGCAGCGCUGUAACCAGCUGGUGGCUGGGGUGUGUACUGUGGUGUUGUUGGAAUCAAUGAUACACACAUGUCUGAUAUUGCGGCUGUCAUUCUGCCGCUUCAAUAUCAUCAAUCAUUUCUUUUGUGAUUUUCCUGCACUGCUGGCGCUCUCCUGCUCUGACAUCCACCUCAAUGAGAUUGUGAUGUUUGCCUUUACAUGUUUCAUUACUUUGAAUAGCGCUCUGAUCAUUCUCUUCUCCUAUGUCUGUAUCUUCUCCACCAUCCUGCGGAUCCGUUCUGCUGAGGGCCAGCGCAAAGCCUUUUCCACCUGUGCCUUCCACUUGAUUGCAGUGGUCAUAUUAUAUAGCACCCUCCUUUUCAUCUAUUUCCGACCUACCGCCAGCCAAUCCAUGGACACAGACAAAAUGGCCUCCGUAUUUUAUACACUGGUGAUCCCCAUGUUGAACCCCCUCAUCUACAGCCUGAGGAACAGGGAGGUGAAGGACGCCCUGAAGAAAGCCAUGAACAAACUCCUAACCCAUUCCUGA